CAAAGUUUUGUUUUACAGGAAGUCCUUUAAGUGCAGGGCGGGGAAUUGGAAGCAAACAAAAGUACGGACACUUUGAUCUGGAAGGAAAGCUACUUCUUCAACUACAACAUGAUGGGUUUGACCUCAACUGAAGAUUGCAGCUCUCCAGUUGUCGGUGACCUGAGGAUUGUCCUGCUGGGGAACACAGGAUCAGGAAAGAGUGCAACAGGAAACACCAUCCUGGGACGAAGAGCUUUCCUCUCAGAUAUUUCUCCUUCUUCUGUGACACAGACAUGUGAAAGGGAAAGCGCCCACCGUGAUGAAAGAACUGUGACUGUGGUGGACACCCCGGGAGUCAAUGACACGGCGAUUGAAGAAGGCAAGUUGAGAAAGGAAAUAGAGGAAUGCAUGUUGCUGUCUUACCCAGGACCUCAUGUAUUCCUGCUAGUGAUCAGACUGGAUUUACGCUUUACUGAAGAGGAGAAGGAUAUCAUCAAGUGGAUCCACGACAACUUUGGUGAGGAAGUCUUCAAUCACACUCUGGUGGUCUUCACGAGGGGAGACAUCAUCAAGGGGAACAUUGAGGAUCAUUUCGACAAAAGUUCUGAACUCAAGGACUUAAACAGUGGCUAUAAAGAAAGGUAUGCUGUGUUUGACAACACAUCUAUGAAAAAUCCCACUCAAGUGGCUGAUCUGUUCAAAAAGAUAGACAAGGUAGUGCACGUCAAUGGUCUCCUUUAUACCAGAAGCAUGUAUGAAGAGGCCCAGAGGAAGAGGAACUCAAGGGAACGUUGGAGCAGAUGGGCAGGCUACGUGAACACUACCAGCAACUACCUGAUUGUGGCAGCAGUAGUCGCUGCUGCAGCAAAUGUUCCUGUAGUAGGCGUCUGUGCAGCAGCUUUGUCCAUGAGACCAGUUCUAAUGGUCACUGGUGCCGGUGUUUCUAAAGCCAUCGAGUUGUGGAUGAAACCUAAAACAAAAGACAGCUGAGAAACGUUUUUUAUAUAUAUAUUUUUUGCAAAACAAAAUUUCUUUGCUAUUGUACAUUCAUACGUUCUAAGCUUCCCAGCGUUUUCAAAUUCAUUAACCUUUUAAGAUCUUUUAAAUGCAGAUGCUUUACUAAACAAAUAUGAUUCCAUUUAUCUUAGUUGGUUGUUUGGUAUUAAGAACACCUUCCAUCCUGAUGUGUUACUUUUUACGUUCAAAAAGGUGACCUUUUGUCCAUUCUCAGUGUGUAUACAUGGUUACAUCCCUUAUGGAUGUAUGGCAAAAUAAGUUGUUCAGUAACUUAGCUGAUGUCAUUUGACUCCCGAUUUUGUUUGUGACUGAGAUUGUUGACUAAAUGGUUGUCUAAGCUCUGUACUUCAUUCUAAUACUGUAUUGUACAAUUACAUUAAAGCUAAAUCUUUGAACUUUGAGAUGCAUUUGCUAAAAAGCUUGUCAAAUCCAGAACCACUGCAGUCAUGAAAUACAUAAAUUGUUUUGUGUGAA